AACCAAAAUUCUUAAGCUAUGUAGUUAUGUAAAAUGUAAAAUGUUGAUUGUGAAGAUAAUUAAUGGAAAUACUUUGCGUAUAUAAACCCAGAAUGUUAUGCAUUUUACAUCAUUUGGAAAGAUGAAGCAUAACGUGUGCGUCACAUUAGCGGCCCUAUUACUAAUAGUAACGGCGGUUAGCGGUUCUCUCGAUAUUCAGGAAAGAGAUUUGGGAGGCAUUGGAACCCUAUUCAUCAAUAAUAAACAAACCCUUCUAAAUCACAAACAGAACAUAUUGGGACAUAAGCAAAAUAUUUUGAAUAUAUUUAAAGCCACAACUACCUCAACCUCUGCGCCAAGCACUAAUCUUGCAGCAGUUUCAGCCAAUGAGGAGCAGGCAACCACCGCUGCUGCUCCGGCCAUUAGCGGUGCAAUGACUUCAACUAGUUCUUCACUUAGCACAAUCGAUUCUCUUUCAUCGGGUAAUGUGGCCAACGUCGAAAACGCCACGCCUAGCACGCUUGCGGAUCCAACGUCUAGUACAUCAGCUCCAAUAACUUCUAGUACAAUUAAUCCACCUGUUGCCAGUGUACGUGACAACCUUCCCGAUUAUCCGGUGCAAUCCAGUUUCUAUCCUCAGUUACCUCUUCAAUAUGUAUUAAUUCCAAUUCCGUACUUUACCUUACCGUAUCAAGAUCCCCCACCGUCUUUAUAUCAUCCACAACAUUAUCAAAAUCCUUCAACUUUGUAUCCUAUACCCUAUCAAUAUUUAAAAGGUUUUAUAACUAAAUAA